GGCAGCGUCAGCUGAAACGCUCUCGUUGCCAGACCAAACAUACUAAACUAGGUCCUCCUUUUGCCUUUGAGAAAGUAACGAUCCUUUCAACUCACUUUCCGAUCAGAUGUUGACUUCGUCAACGUUACUGCGUACUUUUCUUACUCCUUACGCCCCAACGACAAUCUUCGUCCCAUUGUCGAACGCGAUAGUUUUCUCGAAAGUGCGCGUUUAGAGCAGAGGCUGCGAUUCGAAACAUGAUAGUUUCCUGAUGCUGAAACGAGCGAAGAGUGAUACGAGCGAUACGUUGAGGAAGAAAUCAUAAAAGCGUGCUAGCUGUUCUCGCUGUGCUCGUUUUUUCAGAAGAUUCAAAGCGGUAAAGGAAGAAUAGAGAAGAGAAGAGAUGAGACCACCCGCGUACAAUGGAGAGGAUGUACAGAUUUCUCAGGAACAAGGAGAGAGAAACGUGGCAAUGGCUGUUUGCGUGCAGUUGGCGGGCCGGGCAAUAAUAAGGGUAGUUUCCCGAUGCGAAGAGGCUCAGGACAAUUGUAAUUUAGAUCUAUCAGAAUGCCAAUUGAUGCAAGUACCUGAUGCGGUUUAUCAUUUAAUGAGACACACAGAAUUAAAAAGAUGCGAUCUUUCCGGGAACGUGAUAACAAAAAUUCCGCCAAAGUUUGCUGUAAAAUUCUCAUUAAUCACUGAACUAAAUCUCAGUCACAAUCAAAUGAGCAAGCUACCAGAGGAACUUGCAGAAUUACAAGCUUUGGAAAGACUGGAUAUAUCACAUAAUACUUUCAUUGCUCUACCACCUGUUACAUGUCGAAUACCACAGCUAAAGCGGCUUCUAGCCAACAACAAUUCAAUCAUUGAUAUAGACGUGGAAAGACUUAGGCACGCUCCAGUUUUGGAAUUUAUCGAUCUUCAGGCUAAUCCAUUAACGGCUAGAAUGCACGAUCUUCUCGGUACUUUGACUCGAAUUAAAAUCGAACUGACGCCUAGACAGGUCGAAGAGUGGGAAGAUCUUACUAUUUGAGGCGAAUCUAUAGAAAUGUUAAAGAAAAAACGAUCAAAUCUGCCAAAGCGGCUGCUAAUCGUCGAAUGUUCGUCCCACAUGGACGUAUAGUUUGCUUCCACAUUUCUUGACUGAUAUUCUUCGAGGAUUUGCACACGGAUCGUUGUGCGAAUUAAGAAUAAACAGCAAGUAUUUGUACAGUGAUAAAAAAGCAUAUGACUGACCGAUAACCGAUCUGGCGAUAAGCGGCCGGCAUACGUAACUGAUCACAGUUUACGGUUCCUUACGAUCUGUACUUAAAGAGAUAGAAUCUGCCACGUACCUGGAACUUUCUUAAUUGAUCUCGAAUGAAUACCGAUCAAUCGUUACUUCAUUUUCUCGUUUUCUACCGUGUGAUUUUUUUUCUUUUCUUCUUCUUCUUUAGAUUUUAUUAAGUUGCCCGCUCGUUUGGCCGCGCAAUGCUGUGAUCGAUGUAUGUAGGUACGUGUAACAUCAUGAGCUACCGAUUCAAUUUAUUCUAUUACAUUUUUACUAACUCCAAAUAAGUAUCCUGUAAAUUUAAGAUACGUUUUAUUAUUUUAUAUGCGUGGACUUGACAUAUUAUUGUAAUAAAUUGUAUGACUGCCAGUUUACGGGCGAUCGACUGCUGAUAAAUGUUCGCCAUAAUCAAUAAAUACUUUGAUUUUAUAAAAUACAAAAGAAGAAAUUUAAAAAAAAAAAAAAAAAAGUGUAAUUCAGGUAUACCUGUUGAUACGUAAGAAUUUAUAGUUCUUUCAUAUAUUUAACGGACUUGUAAGAAUUUUGCAAGAACGUUUGUAUUUAAUUUAUACAAACAAUGUGUAUUAAUCGAAAUGUGUUACGAAUUAAUUAUAAUAUAGCAGCGUGUAGAUGCACAACACACACAUCAGAAUGUAUUGCUCUGUAUUUCUGAUCUAGUCAAUUGUCCGCGAAAUGUUGCAAUAUACUUUAA